CGUGAUGCGGCGGCCGGCGCUCAGCUGGGCUCUGUUUACAGCGCUGCGGUGCUGGGAGCGGGGCCGCAUCCUGGAGCGGAGCGGGUCGCACUGGGCUGCGCCGAGCCGAGCCGCCGCUCAGGGGAAGAUGGUAACGUGCAAUUAAAGGGAUGCUUCAGCACUGAGGGGCUGCUUGGUUUGCCCCCUGCGUUGUGCCCAGUGAAGGAUCACCUUGGUCCCUGCUCAUAUACGUGACGGCGCUUUGCUUAGAAGCGCGAAAAGCGCAACAGGGCUGAUUGUGGAAGGAGAGCAUCUGGUUUUAAAAAGCUUGUCAAAAUUUUAGUGCCCUUGAAUAUGGGAGGUGCAGUGAGUGCAGGAGAAGAUAAUGAUGAAUUAAUUGAUAACCUGAAGGAGGCACAAUACAUCAGGACAGAACUGGUGGAACAGGCAUUCCGAGCCAUUGAUCGAGCAGAUUACUACCUGGAAGAGUUCAAAGAAAAUGCCUACAAGGACUUGGCAUGGAAGCAUGGAAAUAUCCAUCUCUCAGCACCGUGCAUUUACUCUGAGGUGAUGGAAGCUUUGGAUCUGCAACCAGGGCUGUCUUUUCUGAAUCUUGGCAGUGGCACUGGUUACCUGAGUUCUAUGGUUGGACUCAUCUUGGGUCCUUUUGGUGUUAACCACGGUGUGGAGCUUCAUUCCGACGUGAUCGAAUAUGCCAAGCAGAAAUUGGACUUCUUCAUUAAAACAAGUGACAGCUUUGACAAGUUUGAAUUUUGUGAGCCAUCUUUUGUAAUUGGCAAUUGCUUGGAGAUCUCUCCAGACUGCACUCAGUAUGACCGUGUUUACUGUGGGGCCGGAGUACAGAAGGAACAUGAAGACUACAUGAAGAACCUGUUGAAAGUCGGGGGAAUUCUUGUCAUGCCUCUAGAAGAGAAGUUGACAAAGAUAACUCGCACUGGUCCUUCUGCCUGGGAAACCAAGAAGAUUCUUGCUGUUUCUUUUGCUCCUUUGAUUCAGCCUAACCACGCAGAUUCAGGAAAAUCAAGGCUUGUUCACUUGCCCCCGGUGGCUGUUCGCAGCCUGCAGGACCUGGCUCGCAUUGCCAUCAGAGGAACCAUCAAGAAACUCAUACAUCAAGAAACAAUGGGCAAGAGUGGCAACGGGCUCAAGAGCCCCUCAAAGUUCAAACGAAGACGUGUGCGGCGCCGGCGCAUGGAAACCAUUGUUUUCUUGGACAAAGAGGUCUUUGCUAGUCGGAUCUCCAACCCAUCAGAUGAUAACAACAACAGUGAGGAUAUCGAGGAUGACACGCAAGAAGAGGAAGAAACUAAACCCUCUGAACUAAAGCCAGAUCCCCCUGUAAACUUUCUGAGGGAAAAGGUCUUGAGUCUGCCUUUGCCUGAUCCCUUGAAGUAUUACCUGCUUUAUUAUAGGGAGAAGUAAUUUCCUCCUUCUAGAAAGCUGGAAGUAGGCAGAAAAUAAAGUACUACUUAGGGCUUGACAAAUGUAUACCACUUGGCUUGCCUGCUAAUACGACCACCCAAGGCAGUAGGCUAGCUGGGGGAUGCAGCUGCUGUAUACUUAAACAUUAUAGCUUUUACUUGAGUUUCUUCUUUCUUCUCAGUUGUGUGCUAUAGUUUUAUCCUACAGCAGGGAUUACUGAGGCAGCAAGUUGGUGAAAUGCUCAACUGCUUAUGGAAAGCAGGAUUUAAGUCCCUGGAACUAACUGCACGGAGAUACUCUCAAUCUCAUGGCUGCUCUACUGAAUUGCAGCUUUUAAUAUUCUUAGCAGUUCCCCAAAGACCUUUGCUGUCUGUGCUCUCUCCCACUAAACCUGCCAUGUGUUUUCCAUGGUGUAUGUUUAAUGGAGAAGGAGGAUUAUUAGUAAAAACUGACCUGGCAAAUCUUAGUUCUUCCAGUAAUCUGAAAAAGCACAACAGAAUUCUUGGCAUUACCCUUGGGGCAUCCAGGUUUUGAAUGAGAAAGAAGGCAUUGGCUCCCCUUUGGUUGGUCUCAGUUUUGCUUAGAAACAAUACUUGGUUUUUCAGUAAAAGGUAGAAAUGUUUUACAGAAUACUGAUUUUAUCAAUGGGAGACUCUUGUUCCGGUGAAUUAGUCUGGGAUGCAAAGUUGUUGGGUUUUAUCUGGCUUUUCUCAUAGCAGUGGAGGCAAGUGAAGAAUUGCAAAGCUGGUUGGCUGUGACAGGAUGCUGGGGUAGGCAGGGUUGUGACUGUUGUCUCUGGGAGUGUUUGCAGAGUAAUCCUGAAUAGGGAAGAGGGUAGAGGGGUGAUGCAGAGCAGUGGCUUUGUGAGAACCGACUGUCAAAUCAGCAUCAGUGGAUUUUGCUGUUGUGUGAGAUGAUAAUUUCUGUCUGCUGAGCUGAGCAGUGAAGUGCAGAGUGCCACCCUGAGCAGAGUCGUUUGCAUCCUGGUGCAUCAGCCGAAUGUAGUUGUUUGAGGAACCUGAAAACGGUCUAGAAAGCCAAACUGAUGCGGUUCUUGGGUGUUCAUGUGUGUGGCUUUGCUGUAGCAAGGUGGCCUGAGCACAACUUGAGCACACACGGUCCGUGUACUGCAGGUGGAAUGGAGCUGAUUGACUUGGUAGGUUAUUUUAUUCCUGCAACUGUUAAGUAGAUGCUUCAACAGGCUUGUAUAGGAGGAUUUUACGCUAUGCAAUUCUGUGGAUGUGAACUCUCAUUUUUAUUACUAAGUCUUCCUGGGAUGGUGGUGGAAGAAGUAUUCAUGUUUACAAGGGGAAGUUUUACUUGGUUCAGCCUGUCUUGAAAACAAUCUACCUAAACUACUAAGGGCUAGAGAGAAAACCCUUGGGCUUGUAGUGAUGUGAAGUACUCCAAAACCUGGGGGAAGUUGUGAAAACCUGCUCUUAGUAGGUAAUGAAGCUAUGUUAAGGUGUUGCCCCAUCAGAAGCACUUAAGUUGGUAUCACUUGGAUAUCUUUUAUUGGUUUUAUGCUGUCUCCUCAUUUUCGGAGGGGGAAUGAAUUAAAACUGUCUUCCCAAAAACACGCUGGGUUUUCGGUUCAUGGUACUGAGUUGCACAACUUGCUUAAUGAUAAACAGUGUUCCCGUGUGGCUUUGGAAAUAAAGGAAUAACUUGUAUGUCUAA